AUGUCAUGGGAGCAGUGUUAUUCAAAAUGCUACGGGAUGAGAGAAUGUAUGAUUGCCUUCUACUAUUCUUCUACAUGCAAACUCUACAAUCCCAAAACAAUAAAAAUAAACAAAUUGGACUCAGCUGCCAACAAACUUUUGGCAAUCAAGAGAUAUCUGGAAAACGGAACAUGUCCUCUAACGUCAUGGGCAUCUGGCACUGUUUCUGAUUUGUGGAUUGAAAAUGAACAACUUCACAACAACACCUUCAUCGCCACAAGCAAUUCAUCUAUUACAUUCUCAAGAAGUACUUUCAAAUGUGAAAAUGGAACAAAACUGUUCCAGAGGGAUGUCUACUAUGUUUGCAUCGGACUACAGCUGUUCGAAAAUCCUGAAUGUAAUGAUCAUGCAUCUGCAGUCAAUAUGUGCGAACAAGGUGGUUGGUUGAGUAUUACUGGACCAAGGGGGCAAGAAGAGUAUGAUUAUUUGUAUGGUCGAAAACAGAUCUACUCCUUCUCCGAAAUCUGGAAACAAUACACUGUUUUCUGGACUGACGGAGAUAACCUUGAACUAAUCGAUGAAACCAUUGGCGGCUACGACAAGAUGAAUAUAUGCGAAGACGUAAAUCGACAAAACUUCUGCGCUUAUAUUGCGCAUAAUGAGUGUACAACAGGAAUCAGUCGUGCCGAAUGUUAUUGUACAGUGUUUCAUGGAUACUGUUGGAGAGGUGCUGCGUGUCGAAAGGGAUUAACUCAAAUUAAUUAA